AUGAAUGCUUCAUCCUACUAUUCUUCAAAUAUCCGCAUUCUAAAAGUUAGCCACACAACGCGGCAUUUCAGGCGCUCCUGCUGUUUCGAGGCCGCCAUUCCCACGGCUGUUGUAAAGACAGAUGCGGAUUCGAAGGGAGAUUCAUCCCAACAAAAGUUCGCGGAAAGGCCCCUCUUGAGAAAUGCGAUCAUAGUGGGCGGCGGGAUUGCCGGUCUGACGGCAGCCAUUGCUCUUCGCCGGCAGGGAGUUGACGUUCAGGUGUAUGAGAAGGCGGAGGGGCGUGACCCCGAGAGGGUGGGGCGCAUGGUGGGAAUUCAGCCCAAUGGGCUGGCCGCGCUGCGAUGCAUCGAUCCCACCAUUGCUGAUGCUAUGACCAUUGCGUCGACUUACAAGGCUUACCACCUCGCCCCGUCCCGUCAGGCGAGGUGCUUCUGGAGGCCACUUCCCUUCUCACCUCACCUUCCCCCCUCCCCCUAUGCCCCACUCCCCACGGCUGUCGUCGCAAGGCGCGCAUCAGGAUCAGGCGAGGUGCUACCGGAGGCCACUUCCCUUCUCAUCUUCCCCCCUCUCACUCCCUUCCCCCUUACCUGCAUAUUUCAUUCCAAGGAGCGCAUGUGCCCAGCCUAUGGGAGCUCGCCCCAUCCAGCAAGCCUGUGGCAACUCUCCCCAUCGGGCGAGGUGCUGCUGGAGGCCAUGGCGCCGGCUGACGGCCGCUUCUCCAUCCGCUGGGGGCUCGCUCUCGAAGUGCUGCAGAGCUUCUUGCCUGCCUCGUGUGUGCACCAGGGCUGCGAGUUCACCGGGCACGUGGAGCAGAGAGCUGCAGGCCCCCUCUUCCUCUCCCUUGCUCCUCACUCGUCCUCUCAUCCAACCCUCUCUGUUCCUCUCACUUCCUCCACUCUCUUAGUCUCCCUCGCCCCUCCUCUCUCCUCUCAUUCGCCCUUUUUGAGGCACCUCAAAACUCCUCUCUCCUCUUGCCCUUGCCUCUGGUUUGUUUGCCUGGUGCGCUUUGCUCCCCGUCCCCAUGCUCACUCACUCUACCAGGCCAAUGGGCACGUGACGGCCCACUUCACUCGCCACGAGCAGCCUUUCAGUGCAGAGGCGGACCUCCUGAUGGGCACGGACGGGGUGCGGGCGGCAGUGAGGCAGCAUGUGUUGAAGGAGGCGGAUUUGCUGAUUGGCACGAACGGGGUGCGAUCGGCUGUGAGACAGCAUGUGUUGAGGGAGGGCGAGGAGAGGGAGCGGUGGGGCCCGCCGCAGGAUGACGGCCGCACCAUGUGGCUCGGAGCUGCUCCCCGCGAGACUAUCGUGCGGCUGGGCGGCGGGAGGACGGCCGCAGUGGGGGACCUCGGUGGGGCGGAGAUUUUUGUCCUGUUUGUGUGUGCGGACGAGCAGGGGAGGGGGCUGACACAGCAGCGUUCAGCGAAUGGGGAGGAAGUGCGGGGGAAGAUCAGGGCGCUUUUUGCCGACUGGCCUGCAUACAAGGAUGUUAUUGAGGUGGGCAGGGGGGAGUUAUCAAGGUGGUUACUGGCACGCCUCAGACGAAACCCUUCCCCAACCCCUCCCUCGCCCUACAACCAGGCUGUCCCCCCUGAUCUGUUUCUGGAGCGCCGGGUGCUGGACGUGCCUCCUCUCUCCUGCCUGCCAGCCUCACACAUCCCAACACCUCCCUCCCCAACCCCUCCCUCCCCCUGCAACCAGGCUGCCCCCCCCGACCUGUAUUUGGAGCGCCGAGUACUGGACGUGCCUCCACUUCCCCGCUGGCGCAACGGCCGUAUCCUCAUCAUCGGAGCUACUUCAAAACUCCUUCUUCCCCAUCAUGCCGACCAGAUGCAGCGCAUGCGGUGCCGCCCACAUCUCCCCCCAUAUUCCCUCCAUCUUUCUCACAUGCUCCCAUCAAAUGCAUCUUCCCCAUCGUGCCGUCUAGAUGCAGCGCAUGCGGUGCCGCCCACGCUAGGCCAGGGCAGCAGCCUGGCAGUAGAGGAUGCACUGGAGCUCGCACGACAAGUGGUUGCCGACCAUCCCUCUCUCGAGUGCGUGGUGUAG